AAAAGCGUCGCCCAGCGGUCUAGUACGAACGUAUACCGAACGCUUUGUAUAUCCUGUAAAAUAUCCUACACAACACAAAACGAACGGAGGAAAGAAAGAAUAAUUUGCGAUUACUGGCAGGCGAAGGAAAUCCAGAAGCGAUAUCCUCACAGCCGAAUGUAGCAGCGAAGAAAUUACAAGCCAAGUGCGCUUGAGUUCGUGUAUUUCCGGUUGAACAAACACAUAAGCGAAACAUAAAAGAAAAGGCAAAAGCAAAAGCAAAAAAAAAACAACAACAACAAAAAUAAUAUAACCCACACAUACUAAAAAAAAGUACAUAUUCGUAUAAAAAUUUUCGUAAUAACUCAGAGCAGCAGCCAGAACGAGGACGAAAAGUGAAAAUACAUAGAGCCGAGCGAGCAUAUUUCAUAAGUUUGCACUCGCACAUAAGGGUAGGGAGAUAUAUAGCAAACAUUGCCGAGAGCCGGAGAAAGCUGGCGACAAAGGCUAACGCACGACCUUUGGCACCGAGUUCACCAUCUGUGGAGGGGUCAGCGAAUCAAUAGAAAUAGCAGUAGCCAAGACAAAGCCGUGCCCGUUAUCCGUGCCAGUGCCCGACAGAAAGACAGAAGGCCCGACAGAAACAGCGACCCCGACAGCGACCAAAAUUCACUCGCAAAUAAUGCUGACCAUGUCGACCCUUAUGAUGCCAGCCCCGACCAUAGCCAUGGGUGCCCCGCAGAUCACGAUGGGUCCGCACAAGCCGCCGGAAACGAAGCUGCUGGCCAUCCACCCGGCCGCCGCCGCCGCUGCAGCCGCCCAGCAGCAGCACUCGCAGCAACAGCAGCAGCAGCAAUCGGUAUUGCACAAUGGCCAGCAGCAGCACUCGCAGCAGCAGCAACAACAGCAGCAGCAGAUGUCGCAGCAGCAACAGCAGCAGCUAGUCGGCAGCAACUCCAAGCCAGAACAGUUUCACAUUUUCGUGGGCGAUCUAAGUGCCGAAAUCGAGACGCAACAAUUGAAAGAUGCAUUCACACCAUUUGGAGAAAUAUCAGACUGCAGAGUGGUCCGGGAUCCGCAGACGUUGAAAUCAAAGGGCUAUGGAUUUGUCAGCUUUGUCAAGAAAUCGGAGGCGGAAACCGCCAUCACGGCCAUGAAUGGCCAAUGGUUGGGCUCGCGCUCGAUACGCACAAAUUGGGCCACACGGAAGCCGCCGGCAACCAAGGCAGACAUGAAUGCCAAGCCGCUCACCUUUGACGAGGUCUACAAUCAGAGCAGCCCCACCAAUUGCACUGUCUACUGCGGCGGCAUCAACGGGGCUCUUUCGGGAUUCCUCAACGAGGAGAUCCUGCAGAAGACCUUCUCGCCCUACGGCACAAUACAGGAGAUACGGGUUUUCAAGGACAAAGGAUACGCAUUUGUGCGCUUCUCCACCAAAGAGGCCGCCACCCACGCCAUCGUGGCCGUUAACAACACGGAGAUCAACCAGCAGCCGGUGAAGUGCGCGUGGGGCAAAGAGAGCGGCGACCCCAACCACAUGUCCGCCAUUGCCGGGCAGGCCCUGGCCCAGGGAUUCCCCUUCGGCUCGGCGGCGGCCGCAGCAGCCGCGGCGGCUGCCUAUGGACAGCAGGUGGCCGGAUACUGGUACCCGCCGGCUCCGACAUAUCCGGCGGCGGCCCCCGCCAGCGCACUGCAGCCGGGCCAGUUCCUGCAGAGCAUGCAGGGCUUCACAUACGGUCAAUUUGCAGGGUACCAGCAGGCGGGAUACAUGGGAAUGGGUGUCCAGCUGCCGGGAACCUGGCAGAGCGUACCGCCUCAGCCGCAGUUGGCGGGAGCUACGGCAGCAGCCGCUCCUCAGAUCACCCAGAGCGUGGGCAGUGCCCUGCCCCAAGCGACCGGAGUGGUGGCCUAUCCGAUGCAGCAGUUCCAGGUCAGUCCGCAGCUGGCGGAGGAUGAGUGGCUGGCGCCCAGUUUGCUCGUGUAGCUGCCAUGAGGGAUGGCCAUGUAUUCCACGCAACAGCAGCAGCAGCAACAUCAGCAGCCGCAGCAGCAGCAGUUGUUGCAGGUGC